UUUCUCUGGCUACGAGGUGUCCGAGUACGACCCUGCGUUCGAAUGGCCGGGCGACAGCGAUGGCAGUGGAGUCUCUAAGUGCACAACAUCGACGGCCUGGCCGCCAUUGCGUCUAUUAGUCCUCAAGAGCUCCAUCCUUCAUAAACACCUCCGAGUUGCUGUGCUCGACGCCUAUGGGGAAGCUCAGUUCGGGCGCGAUCAUGCCCCUGUGGGUAGUGCGGUACCACGUAUUCGAUUGAAGGAGAUGGAGGUCUCGAAGCUACAUGCUACUGCUUAUUGGGAUAAAGGGAGACGGGAGUGGGCUGUGGUGGACAUGGGCUCUAAGCAUGGCACGUUCUUACAGUCUGGGCGCCAGCUUGACACGGAGCCUGUUCGUCUGUCUCCUCCCCGGGUAGCGAGCAUACCACGGCCACUAUGCCACCUUGACCGAUUGAUUAUUGGCAGUACCACGUUUCUUUGUCACAUACACGAGGACCGAACACCUUGUGUAGAAUGCAUGUCCAAUGGCCAGGGUGACGUACCUCUCUUCACUGUCCCGAAAGGCAACGGUCACAUCACUGGUGGCAAGAGGUCUUCUGAAUCUGCAGGACUUGAGCAACAGCAGACGAUGAUUGUUGACAGGAGGGACCCGAAGAAAGCACUGACGACCCUCAAACGUGCUCUCCUUUCACGACAUCACAGUGCUCAUGAGCUUGCAUCUGGUUCAAGCUUGCCACCGUCCGACAUGCGGUCUGCUGCCACCACUUACGUCGAUCGUUCGGCACGUCGGCGUGCGAUGUACCCGGGUUCGCAGUAUGAUAGUCCUGGCGUCCAGAGCCCUAGGGGCAACUCACCGGGUAUCUUGAAUAAACCGACUCCUGAAUUGGCGCAGCAGUUAUCUGCCCCACAUUCAAUUCCCUCUUGUGUUGAAGUUCCGCGACGCCCUGGGCCCUUAUCGGAGAGUAACAUUGGCCGGCAACUGCUCCUGAAGCAAGGAUGGCAGCCCGGACAGGCUCUUGGCUCGUCCGCAAGUGGGGACGGCGAGAGUGGCUCGGGACUGGUAGUGCCCUUGGAGGUGACCCCACUCCCACCCAGAGCAGGACUUGGGAUGUCGCCGGACAAGACGGGGCCACCCCCACAAUCCUUUCACCAGUGGAGAGAGGACGGCAAAGAGCGACGGUGGGAGAGUGUGCGAGCCACAGCAAAUGAUGGAGCAGGCUAAUAGAAAUGGUCAGAGUGUGCCACUACCUGUCAUGCUGUCGACUCUAAUUCGCCCUUGCCCGUGGCGGGUCAAUGGGUUCGUGAUCCGUAGGAACCCUGGCAUGUGGGAUUCUUUAGCGGCAAUGCAUGAUGAGCCGCUGAUCGGUGAUUGGCUGUCAGAUAUGAUAGUGUACGAUGAUGUAUAUGUGGUACUACCGAUGGCCCUGUAGCGUCUCACUGCUGUCCACUGUCCAAAAACAUUUUAAAGCCAAGGCUAAUUAGCAGGCCGCGUCGCGACGUGUCUGUUGUGGAGUGUUUUUAUUAGUCACGUGGGUGGUUCGCGUUCCACCUC